CACCUGAGGAGGGACUUACAGGCAGACAGCGCCAGACACAGGAGUCCCACACUUGGUGUUCAGGAGCUUGCAUCAUUGCUCUGAUUUGCCUUUUCUCCAUCUAGUGCGUUGGCCUCAGGGCAAAAAUGGGGUACAGGACUGUAGUGAUGUACAUGGAGAUUGGCUGCUUUGUGGUUUGCGUGUCUGGAUGGAUCCUGGUCUGUUCCACAAUGCCAACAGAGAUCUGGACUUGGUCUGAAGUCGGCAGCAUAGUCUUGACUACUUCAAACUACUUCUCCAACCUGUGGAAGGAUUGUAUAUCUGAUUCAACUGGAGUAUCUGACUGCAAAGGAAUUCCAUCAAUGCUUGCACUGAACUGGGACAUUCACAUGUGCCGAGCUCUCAUCAUCAUCGCUAUCAUCUUGUCUUUCUUUGGAUCAAUUCUGGUCUUAGUAGGAAUGAAGUGCACUAAGAUUGGGGGAUCGGAGAUUGCUAAUGCAAGAGUAACCUUUGCUGGGGGGAUGAAUUACCUUAUUGGAGGGAUGUGUUCUAUGGUUGCUUUCUCUUACUACGGAAACAAAAUCAGAGCAGAAUUUCAAGACCCUCACUACAAAGCUCAGAAGUUUGAAAUAGGCGUUGGUGUCUUUAUCGGCUGGGGAGGCUCCACCUUACUUGUUGUCGGAGGCCUUAUUUACAGUAUCUUUGCAGGCAGGGAAGGCUGCCAUUCAAGCUCAAAACGCUACCCCGACUACCGAUUCCCUGAUGCCUACACGGUCAUCCCUACAAAUAAGAGCGUUGUGUCUUUGGCUCGUACUGAGAUAACAGAGAGCAGAAAAUCGAGGAACACCAGUGAGAGCGGAGACAGCAGCUUCUCAAGGAUUAGCAGCAUCACCAAGACAACAGCCUCUAAUGCAUAUGUGUGAUUUAUCUUCAAAGGUGGAAGAUAACUAUUUGCUGUGUUUUUGUUCUUCACAAGCAAAUGGGUGGCUUUAUUCUUAAAGUAAUUCAACAUUGUAGGUCCAUACUUGAGAUUUAUAAGUAGCCUUUAUAAUAUAGCCUUUUUUACAGCCAGACAUUUUUACUUGUGACAUUUUCACAUGGGAUUUUCCAACUGUUGCAUCAAACUGUCUGCAGUGAAAGAGGUCUAUUUUCUCCUGUGUAUGUACAAGUUUUUUUUUUCCGUGUAUUGCAUGUUGAAUUGAAUGCAUAAGUUACAGAAAGUCACUCUGAUGGGUUACUCAUAUCUAAUGUCUGGUUGCACCCUGAGAAUUGAACGUAGUUUCACAUGUCAUGUUCUUUUGCUCUGAUCUGAUAGUUAGUUAUAACUAUGUAUAGACAUAUACAAAGAACUAUACAUAAAUGACACUGAUUGAAUGUACCGCACACUUUGAUCAAAAAUUGUUGGAUAUUCAAAGGUGUUUUUGAAAUUUGCAAUAAAACAAAAUUUUGAUUUUUA